AUUAAGAUGAGUUCUCUCUCUAGAAAGUUAAGUAAAAAUCUAACCUUCUCUCUCUAAAAAGACACCAAAAAAGUCUCCUUUUUUUCCUACCUUUUCUUUCUUCGAAGUCUCCUCUUUACACACACAAAGAAAGAAAAUCAUAUCUUGUUCUCUAUUUUGGCUCGGAAGUUGAUAAAGUUUGCAUAUUUACAAUCUUACAAAGCGAAAAAAAAAAAAUGCCUGCUUGGUGGGGUAAAAAGAGCAGCAAGAGCAAAGAAGGGAGUAAUCAAGAGAACCCACAUGGAAAAAAUGAUAAAAAACUCUUUAAAAUCAAAGAAAACAAGAGGAGGAGCAGUCUUGAUGAGGCGGCUUUGAGGAAGAAUUCACCACGUGCGAACAGGGAAUUUUCUGGCAGUGGUGGCUUAUCCGCGUUUUCGGGUUUUGAUUCGGAUGCAGGUGAAAAAAGAGGGCUUCCUCUGCCUAAACCAUUCACGAGUGAUCUUGGUGGUGGAGGAGGAGGAGUCGGGUUUGGAUCUGGGUCGGUUUCUGUUUCUAGUGUUAGCUCUUACGGGUCAUCUGGAGGUGAAGAUCAUGAUAAUAAUCAGAGUAGUAAUGGUCUGUUUGAUGGUUACAGGUUAUCUGUAGAUCAUAAAGGACACGGUGGGGGUUCAAGGAGUCCUGGUCCAGGUUCGAGGAGUCCUGUUCCAGGUUCGAGGAGUCCUGUUCCAGGUUCGAGAAGUCCUGCUCCAGGCUCGAGAGCAGCAAGCAGGCCUACUUCACCUCUCCAUCAGCUGUUGGGUGCUUUAAGCAUAGACUCCCCAACCGGGAGGCUGGAAGAUGGGAAGAACGAAUGUCAUCCACUGCCUCUUCCACCAGGUUCUCCCACCAGCCCUCCUUCCUUGCCUGGCCCAAGAACUGCUGGAGCGACAGAGAUGUCUACCUUGUCAAGAUGGAAGAAAGGAAAGCUCCUAGGAAGGGGAACUUUUGGACAUGUUUAUCUUGGAUUUAACAGCGGGAGUGGGCAGAUGUGCGCAAUAAAAGAAGUCACGGUUAUUUCAGAUGAUUCAACAUCAAAAGAAUGUCUCAAGCAGCUGAACCAGGAGAUAAAUUUGCUUAGUCAGCUGUCACAUGCAAACAUUGUUCGUUACUAUGGAAGUGAACUGAGUGAAGAAAGGCUUUCAGUUUAUCUGGAGUAUGUCUCUGGUGGUUCAGUCCACAAGUUACUUCAAGAAUAUGGUGCCUUUAAGGAACCGGUUAUUCAAAAUUAUACCAGGCAGAUUCUUUCUGGGCUUGCCUAUUUGCAUGGAAGAAAUACAGUUCACAGGGAUAUCAAAGGUGCAAACAUAUUAGUGGACCCUAAUGGUGAAAUCAAGUUGGUGGACUUUGGCAUGGCUAAGCAUAUCACGGCAUGCUCUUCAAUGCUUUCAUUCAAGGGAAGUCCUUACUGGAUGGCGCCUGAGGUGGUGAUGAAUACAAAUGGCUACAGUCUUGCAGUAGAUAUAUGGAGCUUGGGAUGCACACUUCUUGAAAUGGCAACAUCAAAACCACCAUGGAGUCAGUAUGAAGGGGUUGCUGCAAUAUUUAAAAUUGGAAACAGCAAAGAUAUGCCAGAUAUACCUGAUUAUCUUUCCAAUGAUGCAAGAAGUUUUAUAAAGCUAUGCCUGCAACGAGAUCCAUCAGCGCGGCCGACAGCCUUUCAGUUGUUGGACCACCCGUUUAUUCGGGACCAAGCAACAACAAGAGUUGCGAACAUCAACAUUACUAGGGAUGCCUUUCCCAGAACUUUUGAUGGAAGCCGCACACCGCCAGUCUUAGAUCUGCACUCCAACCGAACAAGUGCCAAUUCUUGGGAUGGAGAUUUUGCAAUGAAGCCAGGGGUUAAUAGUAAUACCAGAGCAUUGAAAAAUCCAAGGGAUGAUGGCGGAAUGAUCACAUCUAUGCCUGUAUCUCCUUGUUCUAGCCCACUGCGACAACGUGGGUCUGCAUACAGGAAUUAUCUUUCUCCUCACUCACCCUAUGCUAUGGUAGGACAAAGCAGCUACCAUGUAAGCGACCCCUCAUUACAUCCAAUAAGACAAACUACAUAUACUCACGAUCUUUUCUUUGAUACCACCUUAUUAAAAGUUCAAACACCUGGUACAUCACCAAGAACGAGACCCAUUUGAAGGAGUGUAAAUAUCAACAAAAAUAGUCGAGCUGAACCCACACAGGUUUAACAUCUAACGGUUCCUCGCUCUUUCGAAGAAUCCGGCCAUAAAUUUUCUUUUUCCACCGAGUGAAGUUAGUGAACUCCUCUUUAUAAACUCCUAAGAGGGUAAAUGGAGUGAUCAGGGGAGAAGAAACUUAAUUUUGAUGCGGAGGGGGAGGUGCUGAAUUUGUUGAUACCAAGACAACUCUCUUCUUUGAUUAUUGUAAAUGGCAGAUGUCAGUUUGUUUGUAACAUUCUUGUUGUAAUCUAGUCUGUUGUAUAAAGAUUACUGCUAAUACCAACUCUUUCAGCUAGAUAAUGAAAAGCAUGCUGUUCAAGUUCCCCCCC